CUGCUCUUCUUCUUCUUCUUCUUCUUAUUUUCAGUCCUCACUUACCCAGAUUCAGGGUUUUGCCAAUUUGGAGUUCAUAGUUCGAUUGCUAAUCCCAGGAAGAGGCUGAGAGAGAUCGAUGGCUAAUAGGAAUCUGGAGAAAUUGGCAUCGAUCGACGCACAAUUGAGGCUUUUGGUACCUGGGAAAUUGUCUGAAGAUGAUAAGCUUGUGGAGUAUGAUGCUCUGUUGUUAGAUCGGUUCCUUGACAUUCUUCAGGAUUUGCAUGGCAAUGAUCUCAAGGAAACGGUGCAAGAUUGUUAUGAACUUUCAGCUGAGUAUGAAGGGAAGCAUGAUCCUAAGAAGCUGGAGGAGCUUGGAAAUGUAUUGACAAGUUUGGAUCCAGGAGACUCCAUUGUCAUUGCUAAAGCUUUCUCUCACAUGCUUAACUUGGCCAACUUGGCUGAGGAGGUUCAGAUUGCUUACCGUCGACGGAUCAAGAAGUUGAAAAAGGGCGAUUUUGUUGAUGAGAACUCUGCAACAACUGAAUCAGACAUUGAAGAAACUCUGAAGAGACUUGUGGUGGACCUGAAGAAGUCUCCUGAAGAAGUUUUUGAUGCACUGAAGAAUCAAACUGUGGACCUAGUUUUCACUGCCCAUCCAACCCAAUCAAUCCGCCGAUCAUUGCUUCAAAAGCAUGCUAGGAUACGGAAUUGUUUGGCCCAGUUAUAUGCCAAAGACAUUACACCUGAUGAUAAGCAGGAACUUGAUGAGGCUCUACAAAGGGAGAUUCAAGCUGCCUUCCGUACUGAUGAGAUCCGAAGGACUCCACCAACCCCACAAGAUGAAAUGCGAGCUGGAAUGAGCUACUUCCAUGAAACAAUUUGGAAGGGUGUUCCUAAAUUUUUACGCCGUGUUGAUACAGCUCUUAAGAACAUAGGGAUAAAUGAGCGUGUUCCUUACAAUGCUCCCCUUAUUCAAUUCUCUUCUUGGAUGGGUGGUGAUCGUGAUGGUAAUCCAAGGGUAACUCCCGAGGUCACGAGGGAUGUCUGCUUAUUGGCCAGAAUGAUGGCUGCUAACUUAUACUAUUCCCAGAUAGAGGACCUCAUGUUCGAGUUGUCUAUGUGGCGUUGCAAUGACGAGCUUCGAGUUCGAGCGGAUGAACUCCAUAGAUCCUCAAGGAAAGAUGCAAAACACUACAUAGAGUUUUGGAAGCAAGUUCCACCAAGUGAACCUUAUCGGGUUAUUCUUGGUGAUGUGAGGGAUAAGCUAUAUCAGACACGUGAACGAUCUCGUCAUUUAUUAGCCCAUGGGUUAUCUGACAUUCCCGAAGAGGCAACUUACACCAAUAUCGAGGAGUUCUUGGAGCCUCUUGAACUCUGCUACAGAUCUCUAUGUGAUUGUGGGGACCGGUCCAUUGCUGAUGGAAGUCUUCUUGAUUUUCUGAGGCAAGUGUCCACUUUUGGACUCUCACUUGUGAGACUUGACAUAAGGCAAGAGUCAGACAGGCACACUGAUGUCAUAGAUGCCAUUACGAAGCAUCUAGAAAUUGGUUCCUAUCGAGAAUGGUCCGAAGAACGCAGGCAGGAAUGGCUUUUAUCUGAACUCAGUGGCAAGCGGCCACUAUUUGGACCCGAUGUUCCAAAAACUGAAGAAAUCGCUGAUGUUUUGGACACACUUCAUGUCAUAGCAGAACUCCCGCCAGACUGCUUUGGAGCUUACAUCAUUUCUAUGGCGACAGCACCAUCUGAUGUGCUUGCAGUUGAGCUUCUACAGCGUGAAUGCCGUGUGAAGCAGCCACUAAGGGUCGUUCCUCUGUUUGAGAAACUCGAUGAUCUAGAGGCUGCUCCUGCUGCCGUUGCACGGCUUUUCUCAAUUGAUUGGUACAGGAACCGUAUUAAUGGUAAACAAGAAGUCAUGAUCGGGUACUCGGACUCUGGUAAAGAUGCCGGGCGGCUUUCAGCAGCCUGGCAGUUAUAUAAGGCUCAAGAGGAACUUAUAAAAGUUGCAAAGCAUCACGGCAUAAAGCUAACCAUGUUCCAUGGUCGAGGUGGGACAGUUGGAAGAGGAGGUGGCCCCACCCAUCUUGCUAUAUUGUCUCAACCUCCAGAAACAAUUCAUGGGUCACUCCGUGUUACAGUUCAGGGUGAAGUUAUUGAGCAAUCUUUUGGAGAGGAGCACUUGUGCUUUAGAACACUUCAGCGUUUCACUGCUGCUACACUUGAGCAUGGGAUGCAUCCCCCAGUCUCGCCAAAACCAGAAUGGCGUGCACUUCUGGAUGAAAUUGCUGUUAUUGCAACAGAGGAUUACCGUUCAAUAGUUUUUAAGGAACCCCGAUUUGUCGAGUAUUUCCGCCUUGCCACCCCAGAGCUGGAGUAUGGCAGGAUGAACAUUGGGAGCCGUCCGUCAAAGCGAAAGCCAAGUGGGGGCAUUGAAUCACUCCGAGCAAUUCCAUGGAUCUUUGCCUGGACACAAACCAGGUUUCAUCUCCCAGUUUGGCUGGGCUUUGGGGCAGCAUUUAAAUAUGCCAUUAAGAAGGACAUUAAGAAUCUCCAUAUGCUGCAAGAAAUGUACAGCAAAUGGCCUUUCUUUAGAGUCACUAUUGAUUUAGUUGAAAUGGUGUUUGCCAAGGGAAACCCUGGUAUUGCUUCUUUGUAUGACAAACUCCUUGUUUCGGAGGAUCUAUGGUCAUUUGGAGAACGUUUGAGGACCAACUCUGAGGAAACAAAGAGCCUUCUGCUCCAGAUUGCUGGACACAAGGAUCUUCUAGAAGGAGACCCACAUUUGAAGCAGCGACUUCGUCUUCGUGAUUCCUACAUCACCACUUUGAAUGUGUGUCAGGCCUACACGCUAAAGCGGAUUCGUGACCCCAACUAUCAUGUGCAACUCCGGCCUCACAUCUCCAAAGAGUAUAUGGAAUCAAGCAAACCUGCUGCUGAAUUAGUUAAGCUGAACCCGACAAGCGAGUAUGCCCCUGGCUUGGAGGACACCCUUAUCUUGACCAUGAAGGGUAUUGCUGCUGGGCUGCAAAACACUGGUUAAAUAUUAUGUAUUUUCUGCUCUUCCCCUUCCUUUUAGUCGAAUAAGUUUUACCAGAAAGAUAAUCUAUCGUGUGUUUCUGUAGUUAUUUCUGUUUCCAAUAGGGAGAAUUUAUGUGAUCCCUCACUGGAAACUCUACUUUAAAAUUUGUAUGAUCAGAUUGUUGAGAUAUAAACUGGCAGUAGCUGGUUAAUGCUAUUUUCUCGAGAAUGGAACUGAUUAUAUAAUACUUUGGCUUCAGUGUUGCCAUGAAAAUUGCCCUUUUUUUUAACUCUUUCCCCCCUAUUCAUUAUUUCUAGUACAUGGGGAAAGUUUGUUGUGGUUGAUGCCAGUGUGAC